AUGGACACAGCUCUCAACGACGCCGUGGCUCGAUUUAUCGAGCGCCACCCUGAAUCGCAACGCCUGCAUAAGCUCUCACUCGAAAGCUUACCGGGAGGAAAUACCCGCACUGUGCUGCACACAGCACCAUACCCAGUGUUCAUGCGCAAAGGCUCAGGCUCGGAAUUGUGGGAUGAAGAUGGAAACAAAUAUUAUGACUUCGUCGGCGAGUUAUCCGCCGGGCUAUAUGGACACUCUCACCCGACGCUGCAAAAGGUGUUGACAGAUACCAUUCAGAACGUCGGGCUGAGUCUGGGAGCGACGAAUGUCUACGAGCAGCGAUAUGCCUCGUUGCUGUGUGAGAGGUUUGGACUUGAACGGAUUCGAUUCACAAACUCCGGAACAGAAGCGAAUAUACACUGUCUUGCUGCCGCUAGGAAAUUCACCGGCCGGCGUAAGGUCAUCGUCUUCCGCGGUGCCUAUCAUGGUAGCGUGCUGUUCUUUGGAGACGGUAUCCCGGAAAACGACAUCGACCAGGCUGAUUGGGUACUACUGCAAUACAAUGAUCCCGAGGGUGUCCGGGAAGCGUUUUCCCAGAACAAUGACAUUGCCGCCGUUCUCCUGGAGGGGAUUCAGGGGUCUAGCGGGUACAUUUCUGCAUCCGACGAGUUCCUACGAACAAUCCGCGAGGAGAGCGAGAAAGCGGGCGCGGUAAUGAUUCUGGAUGAGGUGAUGACAUCUCGGCUGGCACCGGGAGGGCUGAAAGAUGUGCUCGGGAUUAAACCGGAUCUUAUCACUUUGGGCAAGUAUCUGGGUGGAGGUCUGCCAUUCGGGGCUUUCGGUGGCCGACGAGACAUUAUGGAUGUUUACAACCCUCUCACGCCCGGGGCUUUGAUGCACUCUGGCACAUUCCAGAAUAACACUCUGAUGUUGCACGCUGGGUAUGCGGGACUCUCUGAAGUGUAUACGGCUGAAGUUGUUCAAUCGCUCAAUACUCAAGGCGAUGACUUGCGUGAGCGCUUGCAGCGGGUCUUUGCUGGAUCUAAGUUCUGCGUUACUGGGCGGGGUUCUCUUAUGUGCGUUCAUGCCACUAAUACGGGAGUUCGCGCGGAGCAGAUCACUUGUCGAGAUGAUUUUAUUGGGGUUGAGGCUACGGAUCUCAAGCAGCUGUUCUGGUUGGAACUGGUGAAUGCAGGGUUCUGGGUGCAGAAUCGAGGAUCAAUUACCUUGAACAUCGCUAUGACUACCACCGCUCUCGAUGCGUUUGUUGAAGCCGUCGAGGAGUUUUGCAAGAGAUAUAAAUCCUUGGUUAUGGCUUAG